UCGUAUACAUCAAGUAAUAGAGAGAACAAGUCCUCUUUUUCCUCCUUGAUCGGAGAGUUCCCGUCUUCCUUCCGAAUAUGGACGGUGGUGAAGAGACGUCGACGGCGAGAGGGCUGAAGAAAGGUCCAUGGACGACGACAGAGGAUGCGAUCUUGACGGAGUACGUGAGGAAACGCGGUGAAGGUAACUGGAACGCGGUGCAGAAGAACUCAGGCUUGCUCCGGUGUGGGAAAAGCUGCCGUCUACGGUGGGCGAACCAUCUCCGGCCAAAUCUAAGGACAGGAUCCUUUAGUCCUGAUGAAGAGAAGAUCAUCAUCGAGCUUCACGCUAAGUUGGGUAACAAAUGGGCUCGUAUGGCUUCUCAGUUACCUGGAAGAACUGACAACGAAAUCAAAAACUAUUGGAACACGAGGAUAAAGAGAAGACAACGAGCUGGUUUGCCUUUAUACCCUCACGAGAUUCAGCAUCUAGGGAUUGGUAAUGAUGAUGAGUUUGAGAUUAGAUGCUUUCAGUUCCCAAACAAAGACCAUCCUAAUCACCAAAAUAUGAUUCAAUACACUAAUUCCUCUAAUACUUCACCAUCCUCGUCUUCAUUCUCUUCAUCAUCUUCUCAACCUCCAAAAGAGCUGUGUUUAGAUCCCUUAAUCUCUACUAAUCCCGGCCUUAAUCAGAUCCCCAAUAUGUUCUCUCCUUACAACAAUAGCUUUGAGAAUGACAAUAACCAGUUUGUUUUCUCUCUUCCUUUUUCCUCAUCCUCAUCGUCGAAUGAGUUAUGUAAUCCCGACCAACUUCUUGAACUCAUGUCAGAGAAUUUGGACACAAACGUUAUCAGUAAGAAAGACAUUGACGCUACGAGUCUUAUUAGAGAUCAUGAGACGAUACCGAGUUAUUUCUCUUUAGGACUAGACACUACCGUCCUAGAGCUUCCUUCAAACCAAACACCGACUCAGUCGUGCACUUCUAAUAUUAUGCUUGACAAUAAUGUCCGUCUUGAUUCACCUGCGGGGAACAGUGGAUUACUUGACGCCCUCUUGGAGGAAUCUCGAGCCUUGUCUCGCGGCGGAAUCUUCAAGGACGCUAGGGUUUCUUCGAGUGGUCUAUGUGAGGAUCAAGACAAGAGAGUGAAGAUGGAUUUUGAGAAUCGGUUGAUAGAUCAUCUAAGCUCUUCUCAUCAAUCAUCAUUUGAAUCAAACUCUAAUCUUUACGAGAAGCACAAUGAGGCAACGAUGUUGAAGGCAACAGCGGAUGACGACGACGACAUGUUGAAGAGCCUUCUCAACAGUUUCCCUUCAACCACUCCGUUACCUGAUUGGUACCAGACGACAGAGAUCCUAAAGGAGGCCUCACCGAGCGGAAUAUUGAUAGGACACCAUCAGGGUAAUAACAGGGUGGAGCCACACAAGCCACCACCUUCUUCCAAUGUAGAUCCUAUGGCCUCCUUAGGGUCAUCCUACUGGAGAAACAUACCUAGAAUCUGCUAGUAUGAAGCCUCCCCAUGAGCAGAAAUAUUUAUUCAGUAUUGGAAAAAAGAAACAAAAAGAGCUAUUGUGAGCUUAAUUAUCUCUGGUUGUGAUAAAUCUUCUUUAUGUUUUUUAUUCUGUUUGGGAUGUGCUAAGAACUCUAUGUUAACAUGUUUUCAAGAGACCAAAAAAAAAAGCAAAUGAGAAA